GUCGAACACGCUGCGCUGUUGGAAUAGUGCUCCCUCCUCCCUCACCCUUCCGGAAAAAAAUCAUUUUGUACUUGGCAGUAGUAAGACCAAGUAAAACUGGAGAUUCAUCGAAGAUCCGGGUUUUCUUAGGACGGUUUACUGUUUUUACAGUACAUGUUGCUGUAACGACUUGGCGCGACUCAGGACACUCAACCUAACAUAAUGCAGCAACCAGAGGAAAUGGUAGUAGGGGGAUUGGCGUCGACUGUGUACGAGGAGGGCUCCUUUGACGGCGCUGGUGGAUCUGGUGGUGGCGUCGGAGGCCCCAUGAUGAUGCAGCAACAGCAGCAGCCGCCUCCGGUACGCACUUACGAUGACCUGUUUCCGGCGCUACCGGACGCGUCACUGGCACGCACCGCCAACCGGAACCCGAUGGGCGCUUGGGUAAACAAGAUGAGAGUGGGGUCCUCAAAGAUCACGCAUGUCUUCAGGGUGCCAUUCGCAGAACGCAAAGUCGACGGCCAACGAUUCGGUGAAGGAGAACCAAACCACAUUUGCGCGGAUAUCAUGCGUAAAACAGGGGCCCAUAUCGAAAUAUCACAAGGAAAGGAUCAAUCGAUAACAUUCUUAGUCACAGGCAUUACUACAGAAGUAUCAGAGGCGAGGAAGAGAAUUUUGCAACGGUUCCAAACACAGGCUAAUAAACAACUAUCGAUUCCGAAAGAGCACCAUAGAUGGAUCUUGGGCAAGAAAGGAGCACGUUUGAGAGAAUUGGAGAAAACCACAGCAACGAACAUAUCUGUCCCGUCGAUGGAAGACCCAUCCGACAUAAUCACCAUUUCCGGUACGAAAGAGUGCAUCGAAAGAGCAGAACACGAAAUAAGGGUACUUUCCGACGAGCAGUCGAAAAAGGCCUCAGAAAGACUGACCAUCCCGAAGCACUUCCAUCCAUUUAUUGUCGGAGCUUUCAGCAGCAACGUGAACGCUUUGAUGGAGGAAACCAAAACCAAAAUCAACGUACCACCACCUUCUGUUAUGAAGGAUGAAAUCGUCAUUGCUGGAGAAAAGGAUGGGGUUGCUGCAGCAAAGGCGAAAAUUGAAGAAAUCUACAAACGCAUGGAGAAAAAAACAGAGACAGUAUCUGUGGAGGUGCCUAAAUGUCAGCACAAGUAUGUAAUUGGACCUAAAGGGGCUACUAUCGCAGAGAUAUUGCAAACGACAGGCGUUAGCGUUGAGAUGCCUCAAAGUGAUUCUGCUACAGGAACAAUAACUCUACGAGGGCCGCAGGAUAAGCUUGGGUUGGCGUUGGGUGUCGUCUAUGGUAAAGCGAACUCGGUUCGGUCCAGCGAUGUGGAUGCACCGUCGUGGCUGCACAAAUACAUCAUAGGAAAGGGAGGUGCAAAAAUUAGGGAAAUCACUGCGAACUUACCAAAGGUACAUGUUGAAUUCUCGGAAAGAGCAGAUAAGAUCAAGAUCGAAGGACCCCCAGAAGAAGUAGAAAAAGCUCAAGAACAACUUGAAGAAAUAGCCAAUAACCUUAUUGCAAACAUGACCUUCGCAGAGAUGCAUGUGGAUCCAAAAUUGUUUAAACAUAUCAUUGGCAAAAGCGGGGCCAAUAUCAACAAAUUGAAGGACGACUUCGAUGUGGUGAUCAACAUCGACGAGAAUGGAUUCGUGCGUAUCGAAGGAUCCAGGGACAAUGUAGUAAGAACACAAAGUGAAUUGGAACAGCAUGUAGCCAAGCUGGAGAAUGAAAAAGAAAGGGACGUAAUUAUAGAGCAGAGGCAUUACAGAAGCAUCAUCGGUGCGAAAGGGGAGAAUAUCAAGGAAAUCAGGGAUAGAUUUAACCAGGUGCAAAUUUUCUUCCCGAGCAGCGGUGAAAGCGAAAUCGUGAAAGUACGAGGCCCCAAAGAAGACGUCGACAAAUGCGUGCGACACCUUGAGAAACUAGUCAAGGAACUGAACGAGAACUCCUUCCAAAAAGAGCUCACCAUUUUCAAACAGUUCCACAAAUUCAUCAUAGGCAAGGGUGGCGCCAACAUCAGGAAGAUACGGGAAGAAACGAACACCAAAAUCGACUUGCCUGCCGAAGGUGAUAAGAACGAUAGGAUUAAGAUAACGGGGAAAAGAGAAAAUGUCGAGGACGCUUGCGAGAAAAUCAGGCAGAUUCAGCAGGAGCUUGAAAGUAUAGUGACGGAGGAGAUCACUAUCCCGCCCAAGUUUUACAAUUCACUCAUUGGUGCAAAGGGAAAACUGAUCCGAUCAGUCAGCGAAGAUUGCGGCGGUGUGACAAUCAAAUUUCCCAGCGCCGACAGUAAAAGUGACAAGAUUACGAUAAGCGGACCUCAGGAAGAUGUGGAUAAGGCCAAACAGCAACUUUUGGAUCUGGCUAAUGAAAGGCAACAAGCCAGCUUCACAGCAGAGGUGCGCGCUAAAGCUCAACAUCACAAGUUCCUAAUAGGUAGAAGCGGUGCCAAUAUAAAGAAGAUUCGUGAUUCGACGGGUGCUAGGAUAGUCUUUCCGUCUAAUACCGAUGAGGAUCGCGAAGUUAUAACGAUCAUAGGCAAAAAAGAAGCCGUCGAGGAGGCCAAAGAUGCGCUGAUGGCGAUGAUCAAGGACAUCGACAAUAUCGUAGAAGAUGAGAUGCAAGUGGAGCCGCGCCAUCAUAAACAUUUCGUCGCGAGGCGAGGAGAGGUGUUACACCGAAUUACCGACGAAUGUGGCGGUGUGAUGAUAUCCUUCCCACGCUCCGGGGUUGCAAGCGACAAAGUAGUGUUGAAAGGACCUAGAGAAUGCAUUGAAGCCGCCAAGCAGAGGAUCAGGGAGAUUAUCACUGAUCUGGAGUCCAUGGUGACCAUUGAGUGCAUCAUACCGCAGAAGCACCAUAGGAAUGUCAUGGGAGCCAAAGGACACAAGGUGCAACGCAUAGUCGCCGAUUGUGACGUCCAGAUCAAGUUCCCCGACAAGAAUUAUCAAGAGGAGUACACAAACUACGAGCAGGUGAACGGUGACGUCGCAACCCAGCAAGAGCCCGUCCAGUAUUGUGACGUCAUCCGCAUCACCGGCAAGGAUGCCAACUGCCAGGCUGCAAAAGCGGCGUUGCUCGAUUUGGUGCCCGUCACUAUCAGCGUGGACGUGCCUUUCAACCUCCAUAGGUCCAUUAUAGGGCAGAAGGGACGCGACGUAAAGGAUCUUAUGGAUCGGUUCGAUGUGCACAUCGUGCUGUCCGCGCAGAACGCGCCUGAGGAUGUUAUCAAGAUCACCGGUGCCAAGUCGAAUGUGGAGGGAGCGCGUGAGGCCCUCCUGGAAAGGGUUGCCGAGCUCGAGGCAGAAAUAUCGAGAACGCACACGUUAGAAUUAGAAGUCAACCCUGAAUUCCAUCCGAAGAUCAUCGGCAAGAGAGGAGCCGUCAUCACGAAAAUCCGAAAAGAUAGAGAAGUCCAAAUCAAUUUUCCGAAGAAAGGUGAUCCAAACGAACACAUCAUAACCAUAACCGGAUAUGAAGAAAAUGUCCAAGGUGCCAAAGAUGAUAUCAUGAAGAUUGUCAACGAACUGAUGGAACUCGUCAGAGAAGAGGUCUUGAUCGACGCGCGAGUCCAUUCGCGUCUGAUCGGUUUCCGUGGUCGCAACAUCAAGAAAAUUAUGGAAGACUACUGUGUUGAUAUCAAAUUCCCUAGAUCGGACGAACCUGAUCCUAACCUAGUUGUUAUUUCCGGCCAAGAAGAGAACGUUAGUGACGCCCGUGAUCAUUUGCUCAAUUUAGAAGAAGAAUAUCUGCAAGACGUGGAAGAACUGCAGAUCCGCGAGAAGACCCACACGCUGAACGUCCACUUGGAGGCGGUAUCGAGCACAUCCCCGUCUAACGGCUUUGUGGUGCCCGGUGGGCCCUGGGAGCAGCGCGGGUCCGGGGGCCACACGGCGCCUGCGCCUGACACCGCCAGCGUCACCGAUUUCCCGGCUUUCGGCAGAGGCGGCCCCGGUUCUGGUGAUCAACAGUCUGCUGCUGCUCCGAUAGCGGGUGCCUGGGGCGCCAGGCGCUGAACGUUGCCCCCUAGUUGCCUGCACCGAAACGUCUUGGUAUGAUCUGAUAUUUGGUUUUGUGUUCGGUUGCUGGAGUUUUUUUCCUGAGGUAUCAUUCAAUUUUUACAUUUUUUGUGCCCAUUUCAAUAUACCACUAAGCAAUUUUGUGGUUUCUUUAUCAAAUAUUAAUCAACGAAUGUGAUGUCUAAAAAUGUGGAUAUUUGAAUUAAUAUUGACAUUUGAGCUUGUUUUCCAGUAGCUAUUGAUUACAGACUUCGAAAGUGCACCGAAUUCGAAAUUUAAUUUUUUUAAUGGUCUGUAAAGGUAAAAGUGUGACGUCACUGACUCAAGGUCGCUGGUAGAUAUUGUUCAUUCAUUCUCUUUCUCUAUUGAUGCAAAUGCAAAAAAAAGUUGACAUUGCUGAUUGCCUAGAAAUGGGAAGCAGUGACGCCGCACCCAGGUUAGGUAUAUUUAUUAGCAACUCAGGCCAUUUCUUGUCAGGUAUCAAUACCUGUAAACAUGCCAAAUGUCAGUAUUGAUAACAGGCCUAUAAAGCAGUCUUAGAUCUAUACGUCAGACCAGCAGGUCAAGUCUUGCAAAAUAAUAAAACGGGUAGGACUAAUUUGACGUUGAAGCAUAUGCAUAUAAUAGUGCCAAUCCAUUAUUGCGAUCAUUGGUCAUGUUUAUAACGGGCCGCGAUGAGCACGGAACGUUAAACAACUUUGUCGUUCUGUAGGCCUGCUACAUACUCACUGGUUAAGCAUAAGUCCCAUGACUCGAUAUGAAAUUCAAUAUGAAUCCAACUGUAUCCCCGGUAGACGGCGCUAGUGAUAUUGGAGGUAAAACGUAUCGUUGAGGAAAAUACUAUCUGUCUCUAUGGUUAACGACCACAAGGAGUCAGAUACGAUAACACAACAUUUUGCACAAAGACUUACUUGCAAGUGAAACAUAUUAGCACGAGCGUCUGUGACCUUUCUAGCGCCAUCUACUUCUAGCUUUCCAGAUUACCCUUCAUUGGCAAGUCGGCAAAAGUGAGGUUAUGUAAAAUGAUAGCAUAUACCCUAUCUGAUGAGCAUCCAUCACGGUAGAAUGACAGCUGAUUAUGUAGUAAUAUCUGAAAAUCCGCCAUAUCCGCUCAGGACACAUAAUUCCGACGGAUCCGUCUAUGCCAGGUAGUAAGGUAAUUGAAUACAAUAUGCCCACCUUAAGCAAUUUAUUUUCAUUUGUGCGUUAAGUUGAAUAAUAAGAAACGCCAAUUAUUGCAUGAUAGAGUUCAAUAUACUUAGAAGCUACAAAAAAAUCGUUGUCACAAAAAAUUUAUUUGGAAUAUUUUUCACCGAAUGUUUAAAAAUAUGUGUAUAUGAGCAUAUUACCAACACGGUGUUGGUAAUACGGCCAAGUAUGGAAAUGCCUGAAAUUAUAAGAAAAGUGAAAUAAGUACACGUUUAUUUUAAACUUAGUAUACAUUAUAAAAGAAAAUAAAAAAACUGCAUUUUAUUCGCAUAAUGGGCAAAUAAAUCUUUCUUUCAUUUCUUUGGUUAAACCUACGCAAUCCUCAUGAACACACUUCUGACAGACGAAACACAGGCGCAUAUCAGCGAUUUCAUUUAACUCACAAACUGCACAAUACCAAUCUUGCUCAUUUACUUUGCUUGAGGUAAUUUUUUUUCUCGUUUCUUUAGAUUUUGCCGCUUUAGUUGUUAACGUAGCUUUAGGUAUUAUAGCUUCAGAUCUUGACAUGGCUUUAGGUAUUGUUGUAGCUUUGAGUGCUGACUCAACAUUAGAUGUACCUGGAUUGUUUUUGUUAAAAACUGCUCGUUUCACUACAAGAGCUCGACUGUUUAUAGCCUUCUGCCUCAUAUUUUUUACUGAUUUCACAACUUUAUCCGGGGUUUCCAACAUUUCUGUUAUUGACUUGUGCAGAAGUUGAUUAGAUGAGAACAUUUCGUCGUCUGAAUCCGAGCUAUCCAUCAGAACUGGAGGCACGUUUUCUUCACCCGAGGUGUCGUUAUGAGAAGAGCUACUUGGAGUUCUUGGCCUUUUUCGGAUAUUUGAUGGCCCUGCUACAGGAGAUGCUGCUAUGGUGGGCUGGACGAUGGGGUCCUCUAGUUCAUCUCUUAUUUGUGUAACUUCACUAGGAGCGUAUGCCAAUUCCCCUAUUGCUUCGGGAUUGAAUGGAAAAAUACCAGUUGCGGCGAAGCCUGCUUUUAUAUUUGCUGGCGUUGCACUUUUUUCCGACACUUUACUAAAAAUUUCACCAAACCGCUGUUUUGUGAGGUUCCGAUCUUUGUAUCUUACCCAAUACUGGAGUACUUGAUCAUCCCAGUGGUGUUCAAAAGAACGAAAGACCGCAUUGUCCAUUGGCUGUAACUCAUGUGUAGUGUUGCUCGGUAAGCAAUAAAGUACGAUGUCAUUUUUUUCUGCAACAUCUACAAUCGUAUAGUCCAGGUGGCAUUUAGCACCAUCAAAAAUCAAUAGACAUUUUCCUGGAGGCUUAUGCUUAGCCAAAUGCUCAAUCCAGGUGCAAAAUGUUACAAUAUUCAUGCUGCCUUUAGGAGUCAUAAGGACUAGUGUUCCUGGUGGUAAUGGAUCUUGCCAUUCUGGUUUCAUUCUUAUACCUUUGAAUAAGAUUGCCGGUGGGAUGGCAUUACCCAAGGCAUUGCCACAGGACACAAUUGUUUUCUCCGUGUUCUGGAGCUACUAGGUGAACUCGUUUGGCCCCUUUUUUUGCCAACACACUUUGCUGAUGGUGUAAGUUUAGCGUACAUCCUUUUUCAUCAAUAUUGAAAAUUCUUUCUGGUCUCUCCAUAAUACCUAGUUCCAGAAGGAUUUCUUUUAAUUUUGUAAAGUGAUCAUUCACAAUAAACCUGUUCAGUUUUUGGGCACGAGCAGGAUUCAUACUUUGUGCUUUUCAUUUCCUUAUUUCAGGAUUUCUUUUCAAAAAUCCAAUAAGCCAAUAUCGACCAGCCAUUCUAGACAUGGUGGAAAAUUCAUUUUGUAUACCAUUUUCGGUGCAGAAAUUGAAAACACACCUUCUAAGUGUCCUUGAUGUUAACGGGUAGCCAACCUCCGCCAAACGGAUUAUUCUUCUAGAUAGUUCGCCUUCUUGAUCAGCAGUCAGUACUGGUUUGCGCCCCAUUUUUGCCUUAUCACUUCGGUUACAAUCAAUAUAUCUAGACAGAGUUCUUCUUGGUAUUGAAAAUGCCUUUGAAGCACCUUGACGAGACAUUCGACCUUCCUGCACAGCUGCGACUGCAUUUUUUAAGUCUUCUUUGCUCCACUUACUACGAAUGCCCUGAUUUCGCGCCUUACCAGUCAUACCUGAAAGAAUGUACACAAUAUUUUACUGAUUAGCGAAGAGCUGACAAUAUGCCCAUGCGCAUAUUGCUCACACCGCAUGGUGGGCAUAUUGCUAUACAUGUAGUAAAAUUAGGUUAGGUUAUGUUUUUCUCGAACGUAUGAUCUUACGUCGACUGCUUGCACCCCAGUAUAAAACUAAAUAUCCGUAUAUGGAUCACACAUUACUGCAAAGCUUUAAAACUUUUUUUCGCCUCUUUAUAAUAAAGGGUGUCUCAUAAAUAUUUUCUUAUUUUAUGCCAUAAAUAAAAAUACUUAGAAUAUUUUUACAAAGAUAAAUUUAUUACCAAACGAAAGCCUAAACAUUAAUUUUAUUUAUGGAAAAGAGUAUCGGAUAAAUGAGCACCGUUCAUGUUUUCACACUCUCUUAAUCUCGAACUGAAGUUUUCGAUCACUCUCCGAAGCAUUGCUCGAGGAAUGGCGUUUAUUUCAUCUGUUAUUUUUUGCUUCAACUCUCUCAAAUCUUGUGGCGGUGGGGUGUAUACCUUACUCUUCAGGUAUCCCCAUAAGAAAAAAUCUGCUGGUGUCAAAUCGGGACUUCUCGGUGGCCAGUUAAUGUCUCCUCUGCGACUGAUGACCCUCUCUGGGAAUAACUGAUGAAGAGCAUCCAAGGAUUCAUUCGUGACAUGAGAAGUCGCUCCAUCUUGCUGGAAAAACGUGUUUCUAUUGUAUCCACCAUGGUUCUGUAUAGCUGGAGUUAAAAAAGUCCUAAUCAUGUGGCAGUAGCGCUCAGAUGUUACAGUUUGAGCUUGGCCACGAUUGUCUUCAAAAAAAUACGGGCCAAUGAUUCCUUGCCCUGACAUAGCAGCCCAGACGAUAACUUUAGGCGAGUGUAAUGGCGUCUCAUGAAGAUUUUGCGGGUUCUGCUCGGCCCAAUAUCGGCAGUUUUGUUUAUUAACAUGCCCGUUAAUGUGAAAAUUCGAUUCAUCAGAAAACCAUAUGUUGUUGUAACCGUUAAAAUGCUCUCUCAUUGUUCUACAGAACUCUAAUCGAUUAGCGGGAUCUUGUGGUUUUAAUUGUUGUGUAACAACAAUCUUGUAUGGGUGAAAAUGCAAAUCCUUGCGAAUAAUGCGAUGAACAGUUGACUUAUGCAAAGUUAGAGACGCUCCACGCAGUCUUAAUGAUUGCCGGGGAUCCUCGUUAACGGACUGGCGCACACUUUCAAUAUUUUCGUUCGAUCUUGCUGACCUUGGCCGUCCAGGCGGUUUACUAAUACACGUGUUUCCAGUGCUCUCGAACUUUCUUACCCAAUAUUUAAUUAAAUUUGCGCUUGGGACAUCUCUCAUUCUUGCUAUGUUAUAAUGAUUUCUGUACAAACGACGUACAAGCACAUAAGAAUCCUUGUUUUUAUAGAACUCGCGAACACAAAAAGCACGUUGCGGCCCUGUAAAACGCUCCAUUGCAACUAAAAUUUAACAAUGUUGCCAAACGUUUGUCAACUGUCUCGUUUCUCCGGAGCAUGCGUAUUCCGCCAGAGGACUGAUCUAAAAACGAAAAUAUUUCUGAGACACCCUUUAUAAAACUUACCGUGCUAGUAUUAUAACGCUGUCUCAAAAAAACGAUUGUUAGCGACACCAUUCGAUUCACGCUUGUAACUGACUGGAUUGUUGACUCUAAUAUGGCGUUAGGAUAACUGCAACCUAUGGGUAGGGUAUGUGCUGACAUCUUUCGCAAAAUAGCCAAACUAUUGUACGUGAGCAUAUUGCCGACAUGCGCAUAUUGUAUUCACCUACCUUACUUGCUAAAAGCUCUUAAACUUUGCAGACUAACACAAAAAUGUCACUAGCUGAUCAGCUGUUCACCUUAGUAGACGUCAAAGCGUGAUGGAUACUUGUGAAAUAUACCCUAGGUUGUCGUGUUAUACGGCCCUUAGAGUCAGUUCACACGUGCCGGGAAAUUGCAACCGAUAGUCAGCCGGCACCAGUACAUCCUUUUACAUUUCUGUUCUAAACUGCUAUUAAGUGAUGUGAUGGAAUAAUUAUUUCUAGCUGACAUUAGAAAUCGAAAAUGGAAUUGCAGACCGUCUUAUUUUCCACUAAGGGUGGCGAGCACCAGCUAAGAGAACUUAAAACUAAAUUAGUAUGUUGCUGAAAGUGUAUAAAAUAAGAGAAUUCGGGGCUUCUAUAUAUGGAUGUUAGGAUGGUAUUUUCUGAGGCUACAUUGUUCUACUAUAGAUAGAUAGAUAAUUUAAUAAUAAUUAAUAAGAAGUUGGACUAAAUCAUCUGCAAAUAAAUAAAAUAAUCCCGCAGAAAGGAGACCCUUGUGCGCGUGUAAAACAUUUAUAAUUUGCAUAAAGGACAUACAUGAAGUUACAGAAUUUUAAUAAAGGGUGAAGUUUAACUAAAUUCGAGAAUAAAAUUGAGUAAACAUUUUGGUCUAACCCUAUAUUUUUAUUUUGAAAUUUCAAUAAUUUGUUAAAUGUCAUUUCUGGGUAUGUUUAAGAUCCAUAGUUUAUUUAUGAAUAGAGUAACUAAUUAUGUCAGUAAUAUAUACAUUUAUGGAACUAUUUGGUGUUGCCAACUCCAUACAUUUCUAUCAACAUACUAAUUUAGUUUUGAAUAAUCUUGGUUGGUGCUCGGUACUCUAAGAAUCGUAAUAAUGAUUUUUGAAAAAUGCAAGGCGCGGGAUGUAUAUCAUACAAAGCUUAAACACCCAAAACAACAUCGUCUGAUACAGCACUUGCCCACAAUAAUAACGCUUCAUACUCUUAUCGUGCAACCCGACUGUAGCAUCCAUUUGCUUGCUGGUACAUGAUGCCAGACUGUUUGAUAGAACUUGUUGUCAAAUGCCCUUAUAGUAUAAUUUAUAAUGUCUUUUGUCUAUAUUGAUGUAUAUCUUGAUAGUUAUCUAGACGUUUCGGUCUUACCCGUGCUCGUUACCUCAUGGCACGCAGCAAAAUCAGGAUUACUUUCAACGUAUAAUAUUUUCAAUUCCUGUUAGUGUUGUACUAUUUAGCUAAUCAAGUGAUGAUAAAUGGAUAUUUUUAGAGAAAAAUGUAUAUUUCAGCAUCUUAUAAUAGUCGCAUGAUGAGUAAUGUAAGAUUAUUUUUUUAUGGAAUUGUAAUUUAAUUGUGGUGUAGGUUAAGCUGAACAAUCCAUAUUGACAGAAAGUGUAAUUUAUUAAUAUACUAGUUGCUACUUAUAUAUAUUUUUUUGCAAUUCAUUAUACAGUAAGUUAACACGAGUAUUAUACCACUGGAGCACAGCCAGCAAGGAAUAUGAGCACAGCAUAUAGGUACAACAGUAUACACCAACGACACUCCCAAAAACUUACGCUGAUUUUUUGGGCGAGAUGCUGCCUCAUGCAAUCGUAUUGCAUGGCUAACCCUGACUAGUUGAUCGCGGAGCAUACGUUUUAAAUAGUAGAAAAUGCAAUUUACAUGUUGUGUGUUGUCACUAGACGGUCAAUAGCCAGUGUUUUCGUUUAUAUACCCUAUGAUGCCUCAGCUGUAUAAUACUCCAGGUAACAUACUGUAGAACAGGGGUCUGUGAUCUUCGGAGAUUUGCUUUGAAAUAUGUGGCGUUUUAUGGCCUAAUUUUUUAAGACUAUGGCAUGUAGAGCUGAGCUGAGAUAAUAUGUAGAAAGUCUCUGAAAUCGGUUUUGUAUUGGGUUGUCAAAAACCAUAAAAUUAGUUACAGAGCAAAACGCUAUGCCCUCUCUUUGACAAAAUACAGAAUUUAAAGUUGCUUUCAAAGCUACUACGAUCAUUUUGACCUACCAGAAAAAAUGAGACAAAAAACUUUUCAACUCUCAUAAAGGUACAAUUUUAAUAAAAAAAAACAUAAUAUAAAUAUGAAGUUCUUCACUUUUGUCAGAUCAGUAGCAAAUCGAAAAACUUUAAAAUUUCAAUUUCCCUCUGUUUAACGUUAAAAAUAACAAAGUGAUUGUGCUGUUGUAAAAUCAACUUCACAUUGGUAGCUUGGUCUAACUGAAAUAAAUUCUUUAUAUCAAGAUGUUUGAACUACCAAUUUUAAAAAAUCCUCAUCUCAAUGUUGUACAGCUCUGCAUUUGAAGCGUCUUGCCACAUUUUUUAAAUUCUAUAUAAUUUCUGCUCAAGAAACACUACCGAUGCUGCGUGGUUCGAGAUGAACGAAGUCUCGGGAAUUGUGAAGUGUCGAAGAGGUUACGUUAAAAUACUAACCUUAGUUUUGUAAGUUGUAGUUAUGGUUGCAACCUUAUUCCCUCACUGUUUGCUGCAUUAAAUAGGCCUGGCGAUGACACUGGACUCACGAUUUUGUUCAACGGAUGAGACAAUAAUUUUUUCAUAUUUAGGGUAAUCAAUUGUGGUAAAGCAAUCGCUAUUCUUUAUGAUUCCUUGUUUUUCGCUCUAGUCAUUUUACGUGCGGCUACGAAGCUGAUUGUAUAUUUGCAUUUUUUUUCAGUGACUUAUGUUGUUUAGGGCCUGUCAGUGUGAAUAUGAUGUGAAAAGAAAUAUUUCUAAACACAAAUCAGAUGGGGAUGUUAGAAGCUUUUGACCCAUAAUCAAAAUAUUUGUAUAUCUACUGUUGUAGUUAUUAUUUUUCUGGGAAAAGAUGCAGUGAAAUAUUUUUGGGCCACCCCUUGCCGAGACUGUCCAGCAGAAAAAUCUUCUGGUUUGUGGACAGCCUGGUGGCACUGUGCUUCUGUCGAGUCUGAAUAAUUUGCCAGUAAAAUUAAUAUUCACAUACUGGGUUGGCAGAGAAUCAUUGAGGACCCGUAUUUACAGUGUAUGAGAGAUAUAAAUAGAAAAACACGCGAAUGAAUGGCCUCGACGACGCCAAGGAGAACGAGUCUGUGAACGUGUUUUGUCUCUUUAUCUUGUUCGUUCAAAAUUCGGAAUUUUAAUACUUCUAUGCCGAUCCUGUAUAUCAAUCAGCUGUAACGUGUCGUCGAAACAGUAUUUCCAAUCACUUUUAUUAAUUUUGCAAUUGGAAACAAUGUUCAUAGCUGUAUGAGAAAAUAUAAAUUUCCUCAUCUGUUGAGCUGGUAUAUUCUGAACUAAGAAUACGAAACCGUCGUAUUCUUUUGACGAUAUUAAAACAUUCAUGUCUUCCCUACCGCAUUUGGGCAGACGUCCGGCCUAUAAUUGGCACUAAUAAAUGUAGAGAUGUUAUGAUAUUUAAUAAUUUUAUACAUUUCUUUAAGUUAGCUGUAUAUGUUCUCAAUCAGUUUCUAUAUGUAUAUUACGGUAGAUGUAAGCCUCCUGUUAUAACACGUUAUGAAAAGAUGCAUACAACGUUAUAUCAUAUUCAUUUGCGAGUUUUAUAAUUAAACUUUUCGUAAACAUUGAAGAUUCAUUUUAGAGAUUAAAUAAAAAGCUGUUUAUCAUUGGCAUUGCAAUUGGAGCCUCUCAAAUCUGGUUUGUCAAUAAAAUUUGGUUCAAGUUACUGACAAAGUUUCGUAAAGUCGGCCGAGUAUAUCGUGGUCGGAGAAAAAAAUGGACUACCUCGAUUAUUAUGUCAUUUACUAUUUGAGUCAAAUGAACACUGGCAUUGUUAUGUGCAACACAAAGGAUUUAUUUUCAGGAAUUGGAUGAGUAGUCCAUGUGGCCCAGCAUUAUUUUGAUAGAGCCAAAAUAAAUGUUCAGUGAUUACGGAUAGCUUAUUUUUUAUUUUUGUUCGUGUCAUAACUUCUCUGCCGUUCGAAACAAGGCAGUGUAUCGUGCCUUCCUAUCAUUUUUUUAUACGAGCAUGUACUGAAUUCUUGUUGCUAGCUAGCACUAUAUGUUAGGUCCACAAGCUUGUUUUUUGUAGUAUGGGUUAAUGGAUUUUUUUUGAGUUGUAUCUUUUUUUGUAUUGUUACGAUUUAUUGUGGUACGAUAUAAAUUAUUAUUUUAAAUAACCUCGACUGAUUGUGUUGAAUGGAAUUCAACGUUACUUAAUGAAAUUUGUUUGUAAAAUUCAUCUUUCAACUGUUAUUUUUAUGUAUAUAUGAUAUAUAAUAUAUAUAUACUGAGUCCUUGCGGUCGAUUUUGUUAGCCCAGGACGAACCUGAGGGAGAGAAAAUAUAUUACAUAUAAAAAA